UAGAACAGAACACAGACUCUCCUUCUCUACUCAGACACAGGAGACGGGGUAGUAGAACAGAAGGAGACGGGGCAGUAGAACAGAACACAGACUCUCCUUCUCUACUCAGACACAGAGCAGCCAGAGCUGAAGACGGAUUCACAGUCUCUGAGGAAAUCUGAAGCAACAGGCGAGUAUCCGCGGACUAGGGGUAAAGUAAGAGGACGUCACCAUGGACCAGCUGUUUGGUGUUAUGGACCAGUUAGAGGAGUCGGACCUGAACAGGUUCAAGUCCUUCCUGCAGGACAAGACACUGGCGGGGUUCAAGCCCAUUCCCAGAGGAAAGCUGCAGAACUGCGACUCCACCGGGGUAGUGAUGCAGAUGAGGGAUUCCUACGGCCAGGACGGAGCUGUUGCACUAACUAGACACAUCCUACUGAAGAUGAACAAGGUCUACCUUCUGGAGUACAUGUGAAGAGAUUGGCUCCAAUAAGCUACAGUAUAUCCACCAUUUUAAUGAAUUUUCAUCAAUAUGUUUUACAAUCUGUUUUUCUAGUAAUUUCAGUAGAAAUGGUUUUUGGAAAUUGUUAUUUGAUUGAUCUGUACUCAAUCAAAACAACACAACUGCAACUUUUUUGAUAUUUCCUGGAAUGCAGAAUUAAAUAACAUGACUUUUUAAUGUUUUUAAAAACGGAUAUAUAGCGUUUUGGAAUCAAACUCAUUUAAACAACCAUAUAACAACUAUGUUUAUUGUGUGUCUUCUGGAGUACAUGUUGACAACACACCUCUGUCUGUGCUUACUGUGUGUCUUCUGGAGUACAGAGUAUCUGUGCAUGUGGUGUGUCUUCUGGAGUACAGAGUAUCUGUGCAUGUGGUGUGUCCCGACUGUUGAAGCUGAAAGAAUAAAAUAUCUGAACAGUGUUGAAGUGAACCAAAUAUAUAGUGUAGAGUGGUGAUUUAAAUGACAGCACAUAUUUCACACAGUAAAUGAGCAUACACAUACACUACAGCAACCUUUCCUAUUCAACAAUACAUCAUACAAUUUCCACGUCACAUUUUACAACAUACGAACUAUGUGCUAUAUGUA